GAUAACAUUUUUCAGAUGGGCAGUAGGUUUGUCACUCCCACAAGUCAGUGCUUCGUGAAAUCGAUUCGUCCCCAGUUCGCUUUAAUACCUCAUAGUCAACGAUUCAAUUUCAAGCACUUUGGAGUGACGACUACUCUUUCCUUCUUUCGCCGCAAUCCCUUCAGCUCUCAACGCUACUUGCUUUCUUGUUCUAGCGCACAAUCAAAAUCUGGUUUUACUAUGGAUGCCUCUAGAAAAGCCCCUGUACAAGAAACUUCAAUUGGGUUAGAUGAAACUACAAAAGAAGAAGAAGAAUAUACAUCUCUUUCUAAAUUACUCCAAGAGUUUGUAAAUAUCUCCAUUGUUGAUAAGGCCUGGACUUUCAAGCCUUCCAAUGGAAAACAUUCUCAAGCUAUGUUUUCAGUUAACCAACCAAAUCUAUUGGCUAAUAAGAAAAGACGAUAUCUCAUAUCCAGUCAUAUUUUUAAUGAUAGCAAUGGCACAACAAGCUUUCAGUUUUCCCCCUUUCCUAUAGAAAUGACUGGGGUCUCUACAUUGGUUCCCUCGCCAUCUGGUUCAAAGGUUUUAGUUAUUAGGAAUUCUGAAAAUGAAUCUCCUGCCAAAUUUGAGGUUUGGAGUCAAUCUCAAGUGGAAAAGGAAUUUCAAAUCCCUCAAUCUGUUCAUGGUUCUGUAUAUACAGAUGGAUGGUUUGAGGGAAUUUCCUGGAACUCUAGUGAAACUAUGGUUGCUUAUGUUGCUGAGGAACCAGUUCCCUCAAAGCCAACUUUUGAUGCUUUUGGUUAUAAGAAGGAAACUUCAACAAUAAAGGACUUUGGUAGCUGGAAAGGUCAAGGUGAUUGGGAGGAGGAUUGGGGGGAAACAUAUGCUGGUAAAAGGCAGCCUGCACUAUUUGUUAUUGACAUUAGCAGUGGUGAGAUUCGUGCAGUUGAUGGCAUCUCCAAGUCGCUUAGUGUUGGGCAAGUUAUUUGGGCUCCACCAAACAAUGGCUUGCAAGAAACUUUAGUCUUUGUAGGGUGGUCAUCAGAGCCGAGAAAACUUGGUAUUAAGUAUUGCUUCUGCAGGGCUUGUUCAUUAUAUGCAGUCAGGUUCCCUUUUAGUGGAUCAGAAGCUGACAAACCGUCGGCUGAAGUGAUAAAUCUGACCCAAAGCAUAAGUAGUGCAUGCAUCCCACAUUUCAGCCCAGAUGGAAAGUCUCUUGUAUUUUUAUCUGCAAAAACUUCUGUAGACACUGGAGCACAUCGCGCGACAGAUUCGCUUUAUAAAAUUGAUUGGCCUUGUGAUGGGAAGCUAGAUUCAUCCUUAGAACUUGUUAAUGUGGUUCCUGUUGUGAUGUGCCCUGAGGACGAUAGCUUCCCUGGGCUAUACGAUACCGUCAUCUCGAGUAAUCCAUGGCUUUCGGAUGGAUCCACAAUGAUUGUAACUUCUGCCUGGCGUAGCGAUGAAGCAAUCAUUGCUGUUAACGUGUUGAGUGGGGAUGUAACUCGAGUUAGUCCUGAUGAUACACAUUUUUCCUGGAAAGUUCUUGCCCUGGACGGUGACAAUAUUAUUGCUGUUUGUAGCAGCCUAAUAAAUGUUCCUCAAAUAAAGUAUGGGCGACCUCUUAAAAGUUUGGAUUUUUCUGCAUGGAGCUGGGAUGAUAUUUCCAGCCCAUUCUCAAAGGGUUCUGAGAAGGUGAUGGCUUUGCUGGCUGCUCGCCAGUUUAGCGUAAUGAAGAUUCCAGUCCCUAAUGGUUCUGAGAAUUUAAGUAGAGGUGCUAACAAGCCUUUUGAGGCCAUGUUUGUUUCCUCCAAGACCAACAAACCGGGUUCUUGUGAUCCUGUAAUUGUAGUGCUCCACGGGGGCCCUCACACUGUCUAUUUAUCAGCCUUCUCAAAAUCCUUGGCAUUUCUCUCUUCAAUUGGUUAUAGCUUGCUGAUUGUAAACUACCGAGGUUCAUUGGGAUUUGGUGAGGAGGCAUUACUAUCGCUUCCUGGAAAAGUUGGGUCUCAGGAUGUGAAUGAUGUACUCGCUGCAAUUGAUCAUGUCAUCAAGAAGGGAUUGAUAGAUCCAUCAAGAAUAGCUGUUCUUGGCGGUUCCCAUGGUGGCUUUUUGACAACCCACUUGAUUGGUCAGGCACCAGAGAAGUUUGCUGCAGCAGCUGCGAGAAAUCCUGUUUGUAACCUUGCUCUGAUGACCGGGACAACUGAUAUACCCGAUUGGUGUUUCGUUGAAAGCCUUGGAGUAGAUGGAAAAUCUAACUUCACUGAAUCGCCUUCAUCCGAGCACCUCUCUCUUUUCUUGAGCAAAUCUCCUAUCUCACAUAUAGCAAAGGUGAAAACACCCACAAUCUUUCUCCUAGGUGCGAAAGAUCGUCGUGUUCCAGUCUCCAAUGGAAUCCAAUAUGCUCGGGCCCUAAAGGAGAGAGGCGUGGAGGUGAAAGUGAUCUUGUUCCCCGAGGAUACUCACGGUAUCGAGAGGCCACAAUCUGACUUUGAAAGCUUCCUGAAUAUUGGGGCAUGGUUCAAGAAGUACUGUAAAUAGAGAAUCAUUUGAAAUAAAGAUGAAACAAUAAAACUAGAAUUGGGUAUUAUUGAAAUAAAUGCUGAAUAUCUACAUUUUUAAGUUAUUGAAAUUUUGUUAUGCUGCAAUAAAUAAAUUUGUUUUUUUUCU